AUGUUGCACCAACUCACCUCAAUUGGCCGCCUGGCCCAACACACCACCCGAACCCGGACCUUUCAACCCGUUACUCGCACCUUCCGCUCCAUCGCACCGCUGCGCACAACCCAUCAGCAAAAGAGCGAAACCCAAUCCGGAGAUCGCAAUGUCCUCGACCCUCAGCGAUCGGAGAGCUCCUACACGGGCACAGAUAGCGAAGUCGCGGGCCACGAUGCAGCCUUCGAUCCCAGUAACACGUCACCGGAAGGCCAGGUCGAGCAGGCGCAGAAGGAGUCCGAGCAGCAGGGUAAAGUGAGUAACCCUUUGGAUAUGAGUCCUGGAAACAAGGAAGCCAGCCAUGCGAGGCCGCCGCAGGAGGGAGGUCCCGAUCAUAAUGCUGAGAAGGCUGGGCCGAGCUCGAGGGGAUGGACGAAGAAGAAUCGAGAGACUCUGCAUUUCCGUGUUUAA